AUGGAUGACUAUAGCUCGGAAUCGAGCAUAUCUGGGGUGGCUAAGACCCGUAAACGGUCUUUCUUCAAGGAGCCUCUGGAUGUCGACGGUAUAUCUGCUUCUGAUACUGAGACAGAACAAUCGGUUUCAAGGAGGGAAACUGUGAAGAAAAAGCCGAGUUCUCAUUGUGUUGGUAUUGGAAAAGCCAGGAAAGCAUUUAAGGAGGCGAAAGAAGAAGCGGCGGAAGUUGCCUUUGAGAGGCAGUUACGGAGUAAGACUUUUCGCAAGGAAGCCGGAAAAAAGUCUGUGAUUAAACCGUCAUUUCUUCUUGAUGAAGAUAUUGAAUCUCUGGGUGCAGUAGAUAUACGACAGAGAGCGGAGAUAAGAACAGCUAAGCUUCUGGAGUUUGCUAAAAAUCCAGGGAGUCUUACUGAACCUCAUUCUGACGAUCUGCAAAAGGCGGCAGAAGACUUGCAGGAGAUAAUUAAAUGUUUAACGUCUCGUUCAGUGGCAGAGGAGACUCGCCGCCUGCAAGCGGAUAACAAACGUCUGCGAAACCAUGUUGCUGAUCUGGAAGGAUCUUUAAAGGCACUGCGAAGGGAGUUCUCUGAAAGAUCAGCUCCUUUUUCCGAAGUUAACCCCUCACAAGACCCAAAUUUUUUGAAGACGAUAAUAAAUGAGAUACAAGGUGAGGUCAUGCGCUCGGUGGGUGCAAUGAUCGAUGCCAAAUUGGCGGGAAUGGAGGACCGCUUAUUACCAGCAAAUAUUAUUCGUCCGCCCCUUGCGGCUUCAAAAGAAAGAGAGCACGCGAGACCUGUAGGGUCUUCCAUUAAUGUGCUGCCUGUUGCAGGUGCCACUAAUAAUCCAAAUGAGAUGCUUGAGGGUCUUUGCCCUACUCCAAGUUGCUCCCAGGAGCAGGAUGGUGCCUGGACGUCAGUUGUUGCGCAUCCUAAGCGCAAAAGUAAGAUAUUGUCUACUCCUGCGGAUAUGGCAACUGUGCCAAGUGCGGUGUCGGAAGCACGAAAAAAAGUUAAACUUUCUGCACCGCGAUCUGCUGCAGUUGUCAUUAAAUUGCAGCAGGAGGCCGCAGAUAGAGGUGUUACGUAUGCGGGUAUAUUAAAAAAGGCUAGGGACAAUGUCGUAUUAGCUGACUUAGGCGUGACUGAAGUCAGAAUAAGAGAGACUGCAACAGGAGCCCGAAUUAUUGAGAUACCCGGAACUCAAAGUGCAGAAAAGGCUAGCCAACUUGCUGAGAAACUUCGCAGCGUUCUUGCAGAAGAGGUUAGGGUGGAAACGCCGGUGAAGCGAGCAGCUCUUCGAAUUGGGGGACUGGAUGACUCUGUGUCUGUCCAAGAAGUCAUUGCAGCAAUAGCUGCAAAGGGUGAAUGUGAGGUGGAUGUGAUAAAGGCGAGCGCUCUUGUAAGAGGCCAGGGUGGAAACAAUAUAGUUUUUGUACAAUGCCCAGUCACUGCAGCUAAAAAAGUUACUGAAGGUCGUUUGCUUGUAGGUUGGAGUUCAGCUCACAUUCAGGUGAUAGAAGAUGGCCCUCUACGAUGCUAUAAAUGUCUAGGUUUGGGCCAUAUUAGUGUGAAAUGUCCGUCAGAUGUGGAUCGUAGCACUUUAUGUUUCCGAUGUGGAAAGAAUGGACAUCAAUCUGCAACAUGUACAGCGGCUGUAGCGCACUGUUCUGUCUGUGGCGAUGCUGGUAAGCCAGCGGACCACAUAAUGAGGGGAAGAAAAUGUAAUCCUCCUAUUGUGAAGGCAAAGAUGGUGCAUUUGGCUAGAGGGAUCAGCACUAUAAAUCAGGCUUUGCCUCGGGAGGCAAAUAUAAAUCACUGCGCUAGGGCACAGGACCUUCUCCUGCAGACUAGGGCUGAAUGGGAUACUGAUAUUACUGUUGUCUCGGAGCCAUACUUUGUACCUUCACCAUCUCAUUGGUUAGAAGAUUUAAGUGGCCUCGUCUGUAUAAUUGCUCGUCCUGGUGGAUAUCCUCUUAUUUUAAAGGAUCGUGGUAUAGGUUAUGUUGUGGCUGAGUGGAACGGCCUCAUAAUAGUUGCUGUUUAUUUUUCUCCCAACAGAGAACUAUCGGAGUUUCUUACUUUUCUGGACCACUUAUGUCUCCCAAUUCAACGAGCACAAUUGCCAGUAAUAGUAUUAGGCGACUUUAAUGCCCGAUCUCAAAUAUGGGGUGAUAGCCUCACUAACGAUAGAGGUAAAGCUGUAGAGGAAUGGUAUACAGAAUUGGGACUUUUUCUGCUUAAUAGAGGGAACGUUCCAACCUGUGUGCGGGCGCAAGGGCAAUCCUUGGUAGAUCUAACAUUUUCUUCACCAAGUCUAGCCUCCUCGGUGCAAAAUUGGAAAGUUGCGGAAGAUAUUGAGACUCUGUCGGACCAUCGCUAUAUUAGGUUCAAUAUUUUUAAAUCCCAGAGACGGUAUGAAGUGGGUGUUAAUAGACAGGCAUUCCCACGCUGGGUUCUCAGCAGUCUAAAUAAGGAUCUAGCAGAAGAGGCGGCUAUUGUACAAGCCUGGUGUGCACCCGCUAUUUGGCCUACAGACGUUAAUGAAGCAGCUAGUCGUCUUCGACAUGCGGCAAAAGCAAUAUCAAACGCUUCCAUGUCAAAAUGGAGGCGCCAGCCACCACGUAGAAUGGUUCAUUGGUGGAACGAGAAUAUUGCUUAUUUACGUGAAAUGUGCAACAGUGCUAGAAGAGCAUAUCUUCGCAAUCGCCGAAGACAUCGGCGUGAUGCUGCUCAAGAACAACGACUUCACUCUCAAUUUGUAGAACAUAAGAAGGCUCUACAACUGGCUAUUAGUCAGGCUAAGGAUAAGGCACAUAGUGAGUUUCUCGAAAGUCUCAAUCAGGACCCAUGGGGACGCCCAUACCGUCUUGUACGAAAUAAAUUGCAGGCAGGAGGUCCUUCACUAACUGAGACACUCCGGUCAGACUUUGUCGCCAGAAUUGUAUCUGAACUAUUUCCCGCUGACCCCAACAUUGUUCCUCCACGGAUGACAUCUGAUAUAAGACCAGAAAUAGAAAACGAGAUUCCCUUGGUUAGUGAUGUGGAAUUUGCAAACGUAGUGGAUCGUCUAAAAAAGCGUAGGAGAGCCCCAGGUCCAGACGGUAUACACGGCCGCAUAUUGGCAAUUGCUGUUGAAUAUCUAGAGGGUGAAAUGCGGGAAUCAUUUAAUCUUUGUUUUCUUACUGGACAAUUUCCGCAACUAUGGAAGGAGGGGCGUCUAUGUUUAUUGCGCAAGCCUGGUCGCCCGCAAGACACUUCAUCAGCAUACCGCCCAAUAGUUUUACUUAAUGAGGUGGGUAAGCUUUUAGAAAGGAUAAUAGUUUGGCGCUUAAGUCAACAUAUAUCUGUUGUUGGUCCAGAUUUAGCCGACGCUCAGUACGGAUUUAGAGUUGGGCGAUCAACAUUAGAAGCGAUUGGCGCCUUGAAACAUUUUACCAUGGAGGCUGUCCGUAGUGGAGGAAAGGCCUUGGCAGUUUCCUUGGAUAUUUCCAAUGCUUUCAAUAGCUUGCCGUUUACAGUCAUAAUGGAGGCUCUCCGUUUCCACGGUGUGCCCUUAUAUCUCCAGAAUCUUGUCAGAAGCUAUUUAGAAGAUCGUAAAAUUCUGUAUGUAAAUGACUCAGGCGAGCUGGUUCGGUGGCCAAUGAAGUGCGGGGUUCCUCAGGGCUCGGUACUGGGCCCCCUUUUAUGGAACAUUGGAUACGAUUGGGUGCUUAGGGGUACGUUGCUACCUAAGUUAAAACUGUUUUGCUAUGCAGAUGAUACCCUUAUUGUAGCGCAAGGUAGAGACUUCCAAGAAGUGGUACGUCUAGUAGAAGUUGGGACCUCUUUAGUAGUUGAUAGGAUUGGCCUACUAGGACUUAAGGUUGCUCUUGAAAAGACUAGUGCGCUCUUGUUUCACGGGCCAAGAGGUGGCCCGCCUUCUAGGGCAUCAAUUAUUGUUAAUGAAGUUAGAGUGUCGGUUGGUCGUAAUAUGAAGUAUUUAGGGCUCAUUCUUGAUGGUAGGUGGAAGUUUGAGGAUCAUUUUAAAGCUCUUGGUUCGAGACUAGUUGGUGCAGCAGGGGCACUGAGUCGUCUGCUUCCAAAUAUAGGUGGACCUGACGAACGGUGUCGGAGGCUUUACUGUGGGGUCAUUCGAAGCAUGGCACUUUACGGAGCCCCAGUGUGGCAAGACUCGCUCACUUUAACCAAUAAAAUCCUUCUACGGAGGCCGCAAAGGGUUGUGGCAAGAAGAAUAGUCCGUUGUUACCGAACGGUGUCUUUUACCGCUUGCUGUAUAUUGGCUGGCACUCCACCUUGGGAGUUAGAGGCUGAGGCUCUCACUUUAGUAUACAAUCACCGGAUGGAGUCGAGGGCUGAAGGUAUUUACCCUGGUGUUGAGGAAGUCGAGAAUUUAAGACGUUUGGCGCGAUCAGCUACAAUGCAAAAAUGGUACCAAGACUUAGCUAACCCAGCAGCGGGGCAUAGAACGGUGGAGGCUAUUCGUCCAGUACUUAAUGACUGGGCAAAUAGAAAAAGUGGUGCCCUUACCUUUCGUCUUGUGCAGGUGUUGACAGGACAUGGAUGUUUUGGGCGAUACUUGCAUGACAUCGUGCGGCGGGAACCAACACCGAGCUGCUUGGAGUGUGGCGCAAAUGAUGAUACUGCACAGCAUACGUUGGAGGAUUGUCCGCAGUGGUUUCAGAUACGUCACAAUCUUAGUUUUGUGAUGGGUAAUAACCUUGCUUUGCCUUGUGUUGUACAAAAAAUGGUCGGCAGUGUCGAGGUAUGGAAUGCAGUGGUAUCCUUCUGUGAGCAUGUCAUGCUACAGAAGGAGACAGCAGAACGAGAGAGGGAGCGCUUUAGGACGAAUCCUAGGGGUAGAAGACGGGGAGUAAAUAGGAGAAGAUAUGCCCAUCUCCUACCUCCUAUGUAG